AUGUCGAAAGAGGGACAAACGGUAAUCGGAGUUCCGUAUUACGCCGGACAUAACCCGUAUCAGGCCGGAAUUGUGCCGCCGAACGCUAUCUAUGGUGAUCCGUUGGGUGCUCCGAUCCAACAAACGAUUUAUCGCGACACUCCUGCUCCUUUCAAUUGCCUCUAUUGCGGCAAUACUGGUCUCACCAAUCUCAGAUCGAAACCUGGUGUAGCAGCUGUUGUUGCUUGCAUGAUGCCGUUUUUUCUUGGAUUCUGCUUUCUAUGCCCUUCAAUGGAUUGCCUCUGGAACAAACAGCAUCAUUGCCCUCAGUGUGGGAACAAGGUUGCUGACUUUGAGAAAUCAGAUCCCUGCCUUGUGAUGGAUCCGCCACAGUGGAAGCAACCGAGUUUCGCACUCCCUGCAUGA